AUGGUCACCGAUGGCAGUAAGGUAAAAAAGAAAGAUGCAAGGAAACGUUACUUUGAACAACCGGACGCGGUGGACGAAAAACAGGAACCGAGUACUCAAAAGCCGAAGAAAAUUAUCUUCGACGACGAUGGUGAACAGCGAGAGGUACCGGUAACGGAUACCGUCGAUCCAGAUCCACCGGCGGGCCACAAACGGAAAUACCAGCGCAAAGGUAGCAGCUUCACACUGCCCGGGGACGAUGAUGAACCGGUGAAACGGUGGUACGACCAUUACGAUGGCUACAAUACGGUCGGCGAGGUGGUCGAGAUGAAAGACGCCGAAAUAGAGGAACUGCGCAAGCUUUGCAAGACGGCAUUCGAAGCCGAGUGUCGGAUACGCACGAAGGACAACCCGUCGGACGCCCGAUGGCUGCAGAGCGCGAUGGAGAAGGGCACGUCGCGCGAUCGUGCCAGUUCCGCGGCGCUGCUCGUGCAGUCGAACCCGUUCUGCAAUCUGGAUGCCCUCGAGACGGUGAUCGCGAUGGUUAAACCGUCGAACAAGGGCCACCAGAGUGUGGUGGAGGUGGUGACGGAGUUGAUGCUGAAAUCGCUAAUGCCGGCAUCGCGCAAACUGAUUUCGAUUCCGCUGCGUGGAGCCGAUUGGCGCAAUGUGCAGCGGCAAGAGCUUCCGAAGUCAAUCCGCGAUCCGCUGCUUGCUCACUGGCACUUUGAGGAUAGACUGCGCGAGCUGUACUUCAAUUUUCUCACCAACCUUUCCGUGGUGCUACACUCGGGUCAGGACGACAGCAAGUGCAAGACGAUCGUGUACACCUCAAGGCUCUUUGCGGACGUACCGGAAAAGGAAGCCUUUCUGCUGACCGUACUGACGAACAAACUCGGUGACCCGUCCCGCCCGGUGGCCGUGAAGGCACUUUAUCACCUGCAACAGGUCGUCCGCAAGCACAGCGCCAUGGCGUCGAUCGUGGCCGCGGAAACGGAGAAGCUGCUGUUCCGCAAUAAUGUCUCGUCGACGGCCCAGCACUACGGCCUGUCGUUUCUAUCGUCGAUCGCUCCGUACGGAGAUUUUGCCACGUGCCAGAAGCUGAUCAACAUUUGCUUCGCCUUCUUCAAGAUCCUCACCGAACGUGGGGAGAUCAAUUCGCGCACCAUGCAGGCGAUCCUCGCCUGUCUCCGGAAAGCGAUCGGUUCGGUCAAGCGAGACGUGGCCGUAGCGGAUAUCGUCCAACCGGAGCUACUGAACGUCAUUUAUCGGAUGGUGCACCUGGCCGACAUAGCCAUCGGCUGUCAGGGGCUAUCGCUGCUGCUGGAAGUCACGGAGAAGCCGGGUCGCGAGCAGAACCGCUUCUACAACACACUCUACCGGAAACUGCUGGAUCCGCAGCUCGCCUCGGUUGGGCCUCGAAUCUCGACCGUGUUCUUCUACAUUCUGCACCGCGCCCUACAGAACGAUCCCAUUCCGGAUCGGGCCCUAGCCUUUAUCAAGCGAUUGCUGCAGGUUUCGUACUAUUUUCCCCCGGCACGUGUCUGCGGCACGCUCAUCGUCAUCAGCAAGGUGCUGCGGAAGCGUAGACAACUACUACAGCCAGAUUUGCCCCUAGCACCAUCGUUGGAUGACGAGGAACCGGACAACCAGGGACCGAUUCUGGCACCCGACGGCGAAGAAGAGGAGGAUAAGAAACCGACAAAGAAACCUCCCGGGCCCGUGCUCCGUUACGACGCUUUCCAUCGAGUGUCCGAGUUCGCGGGGGCCAAAUUCACGCUUCGCUACGAGCUGGUCCGCUACCUGGAGUACUUCCAUCCGACGGUGCAAAAGUUUGCCGAAUGCAUUCUCACCAAUACCCCCCUGAGCUAUUACGGUGAUCCGUUGCGUGACUUUUCGCUUGGACACUUUCUGGAUCGGUUCGCGUUUAAGAAUCCGAAGAAACUGAAAACUACCACGGACGCCAACGGGGAGGAAGUGGCCCGACCCCGGCCCCUGGGUGUGGCACAGCGUAAGAGCGACUACGUUCCGAAAGGUUCCCGUGCCCUGGCAGUGGAGGAACUCACGAAGGAGCGGUGUACCGAAGACGAGCAGUACAUCUUCCAAUUUUUGGAAAGAAAACGAGAACGCUCACGGCGCGCGGUGGAGCGGAAGAAGGCCCUCACGAAGGAUGACGACGACGGCGCCGAGGAUGAGGAGGAGGAGGAGUCCGAUGUCGAUUCACUCGACGAUGACGACUUCGAUGCCUAUCUCGAUCGGUUGGGUGUUCCGGGCGGUCGCGACGAUAGUGCAAACGUGGACAAGUCCGAGCUAGACUUUAUGACCGAGCUCGAGCAGGAGCGGGAGCAGAAGGCCAACCGGCGCAAACGGGGCAAGAAAGACGAUCCGGAGGACGACGACGGCGAUGACGCGGCACUGGACGAUUGGGUCGAUGUUGAGGGCGAUGAGGAUGAGGGCGGAGAGGAGAGCGAUGGAGAAUAUUCCGAUGGCGAGGAUGAUGCGGAUGACGCGGAUGAUGGUGAAUUUAGUGACGGUGGCAGCAUUUCGCUGGACGAAGAGCUCGCUGAAGGGGACGACGAUGGCGACGAGGAGGAGCAAGAAAUGUCCGAGAGCGAGGAAGAACCGGUAGUGAAGAAGAAAAAGAAGGCCCCCAAAUCACUUGGUGGCGCUUCUCGCAUUAGCGAUCGAGAUUUUGCGCGCAAACUCAAAUCGACCGACGUGAACUCACUGUUUGCGGCGGCGGACGAUUUUUCGGAGCUUCUCGAGGGUAACGUUGGGCUGGCGGAGGGUAAAGGAGCCGGCAAGAAGGCUGGCGGCAAGCAACGCAAGCAGGAUCCGUUCGCUCACGGAACGGACAUGGAAGUGUUUAAUCAGGACGGUUCGUCGGUCAAACAAUUGGCGUGGGAACAGUCGCGGCUUAGCGAUCAGAGGAAUCGCUGCCCGGAGAAGUUCCGGAAGCGAACGGGGGCGGGCAAGAGUUUGGGUGGCAAAAAACGAAAGUAG